AUGGACAUCUUAAGCAUAGUUUGUAUUUUUUUCUACUUGGGAAGAAUUUGGGGACAGGAGCAAGCGUAUGUUGUCUUAGCACCUAAAGUAUUCUACGUUGGUGCCUCUGAAAAUGUAGUGAUUCAAGUUCAUGGAUAUACAGAACCAUUUGCUGUGUCCGUUGCUAUUAAAAGUUAUCCUGACAAAAGUUUCACAUAUUCUCUUGGCCAACUGUAUUUAUCUCCAGAAAAUAAAUUUCAAGGCUCUGCAAGCUUAACUAUAAAACCAAAAGACUUGCCUGAAGGGCCAAAUGCAGUUUCGUAUGUGUAUUUAGAAGUUACAUGUGCUCAUUUUUCAAAAACAACAGAAAUUCCACUACACUAUGAUAACGGAUUCAUCUUCAUACAGACAGAUAAAUUUACCUACUCUCCAGAUGAGCCAGUGAAAGUUAGAGUUUAUGCACUGGAUGAAGACUUAAAGCCAUCACAAAGAGAAGUUACCUUAACCUUUAUAGAUCCAGAAGGAUCAGAAACUGUCAUGGUAGGACAGAGUGAAUAUGUUGGGAUUACCACUUUUCCUGAUUUCCAGAUGCGACCUUAUCCUAAAUAUGGCUUAUGGACAAUUAAAACUAAAUUCAAAAAGGACUUCACAACAACAGGAACUGCGUAUUUUGAAAUUAAAGCUGCUUCAGAUGCAAUGAGACCCCAAUUCACUGUAUUAAUAGAACCAGAAGACUACUUUAUUAGUCAUAAACACUUUGAGGACUUCAAAAUUACUAUAAAAGCUAGAUAUUCUCCUAAUGAAAAUGUUUCUGAGGCUGAUGUUUUUGUAUUUUUUGGAAUAAAAGAAAAAUUAGAUGAUAAUAGAAAGGAAAUGAUGCUUGCAGGAACACAAACCACGAAGCUUAUUGAUGGAAUAGCAAAAGUUAAUUUUAACACUUCAAAGGCAAUUUCAUUAUCGAAUAAAAACAUAGAAGAAUUAAAUAACAAGUACCUUUAUAUUUUUGUGGAAGUAAAAAAGGGUGACUCUAUCCACGAAAACAAAGUAGCUGAUGUUGAGUACAUCCUCUCUCCCUACACACUGGAUUUGGUUGCCACUCCUCUAUUCCUGAAGCCUGGGAUUCCAUUUUCCAUCAAGGUACAAGUGAAGAACGUCAUUGGCCAUUUGAUAAGAGGAAUUGCUGUGACCUUGAAAGCAAAAGUAGUUCACAAAACAAUGAAGACAAACCUGGAUAUAAGACAAAGUAAAACAAAUUCUGAUGGAGUAGCCUCAUUUGUCAUUAAUAUUCCCACUGAUGUGACAACACUGGAGUUCCAUGUCAGAACGAAUGACCCAGAUCUUCCAGAACAAUACCAGGCCAGUAAUGACUAUAAAGCAGUGGCUUACUCAUCAAAUAGCGAGAGUUUUCUUUCUCUCACUUGGCCAGACAGUUACAAGAAUUUGCUUGUUGGAGAACAUCUGAGAGUAACUAUCACUCCUAAAAGUCCUUAUGUUGAGAAGAUCACACACUACAAUUACCUGAUUUCAUCUAAGGGCAAAAUUGUUUACUUUGGAGCAGAGAAGAAACUCCCAGGUUCAUCCUCCCAACUUUUGAACCUUCCCCUGACUCAGCACAUGGCUCCUACAGCCUGUCUCCUGGUCUAUUACUUUGUCACAGGAGGUCAGACGACAGAAUUAGUGUCUGACUCAGUCUGCCUAAAGAUUCAAGAAAAAUGUGGCUAUCAGCUCCAGAUUCAUCUGUCUCCAAAUAAGGAUAUCCAUUCUCCAGACAUAGGUGUUACUCUUACUAUGGAAACACAGUCCAAUUUGUGGGUAGCUUUAUCAUCAGUGGACAUGGCUUCAUAUCACUUUGAAGAAAGAAGCAAAAAUCCCAAGGAAAGAAUACUUCAGACUUCACCCAAACGUGGCCAGGACUGUGGAACAGGAGGGGGCAGGAAUAAUGCUGAGGUGCUCUACUCCACGGGACUGACUGUCCUUACCAACGUGGACGCAGGUCACUCCCAACGAGAGGAUGGAUCAUUUACAAAACUUCUCAGAUCAAAAAGAGAAUUGCAAAAGAAAAUAAAAGAAACAGCAUCCACAUUCAAACACCCUGUAAUCCAGAAGUGCUGCUAUGAUGGAGCCCAUGUACAAGAGGAGACCUGCGAGCAAAGAGUUGCCCGGAUUAAGAUCGGCCCCAUUUGUUCACAAGCUUUUUUAAAGUGUUGUGACAUAGCAAACUUAUGGCGAAGACACAAUGGUCACAUCGAGAAACUAUUAGGAGGACAUCAUGUUGCAGCACGUUUCAGAGCACUUAAAAUAGAACCUUUUUCAGAAAACUGGUUAUGGAAAGUGUAUCAUGUUCCCAAAAGGCAUCAGGUAGAUUUGAUAUUGCCUGACUUUUCAACUACCUGGGAAAUCCAAGGUGUUAGCAUUUCAGAUAAAGGUCUCUGUGUUACUGAUGCAUUGCAGCUGAAGGUGUUUGAAGAUCACUUCCUGGUCAUAAACAACAAUGCUACAGAAACCAAUGAAGAGGGACAUUUCCAGCACCCAGACUCCAGGACUUAAGUAUGUGUGUGGCACCAUAGCACCUAAAUAGCUGGUAAAGCAGUGAACACAAUGCACUUCAGUGCUAAGUGAACUGAGCACUUAGUGUAGUGUUCAAAAGACUUCUGAGGCAGUGAGAGUCAAAAUAUGGCAAUGCGUGUAUCAAACAGGGAAAUUGAA